UCGUAUUCAGCAUGGACCCAUUCUAUAACGUUCAACAUGCAUAAUAACAUGUUAUGAAUAAAAUUCAUUUUUAAAAUACUAAAGAUGGACGUCAGGAUGACAAAUAUUUAUGUUUUAUAUUAUUUUAUUUUGUAUAACGUCAUACCAACAUCAGGGCGGUACUGCUAUGCUAGAUACUACUAUUAUUACAGAUAUGGAAACUAUUAUUACUGUACCUCGUAUUUGUCAGUUGGAACCAUUGCGGGGGCAGUCAUUGGUGGAAUUAUCGGACUAGUUAUUAUAAUUGCGAUUGUUGUAGUAAUAUGUGCAUCAUGUUGUAAAUCACAAGGAAGUCGUGGAACAGUAGUUCAACCACUACAAACAGCAAGUACCAUCCAUACUGUAACCACUAUACCAGGUUACCACCACCCGCCACCACAGUAUAACAACAUGUAUUAUAGCCAGUAUCCGCCAAACGUGUAUUCCGCACAGCAACCAAAUACUAGUAUGGCAUACCCACCAUCAAUCAGACAACAUAUGGCAUCAGCACCACCUCCGUAUCCUAGUACAGUAAAUAAUACAAAUAUGAAAAAUAAUCCUGGAGGAUCUUUUCAAAGACAACAAAACAUGCCGGCUAUUCCCGAAAAUGUUCCAGUUGAAUCACCAGCAGCUGUAACAAAUGUUUCUCCAACAAAUGGAGCAAUUAUAACUGGACCACCGCCAACCGGAACAAACCUGCUUUCUACGUCAGGAAUUCCGGAUUUAGAUGCUCCACCGUAUCCAGGAACUAUAUCAAGAGAUGCUUAAUUUUUUGUGACUGUUCUUUCUUAAACUUUUGUAUUCUAAGGAAGGGCAAAUUGAUAGUAAUAAACAACUAUUGUGGUAUGAUUUCCAUGCACACACUAGUGUUUCUGGAAUACCAGUGUUUCUGCAAUACCGAUAAUCUUCACUAGCGUUUCUGGAAUACCGAUUAUCUUUACUUGUUUGUUACAACAGGAAAGGUCAAACAUAUUAAACAUUUCUGAGCAUAAAAAACAAAACGAGGCAAAACCAGAACAGCCAACCGCCUCCAGUGAUUUUAACAUGAGCGUGUUUUAAUCUUAAAUCUAGCACAACUAAAUAUACUUCUUAUGUUAUAAUUUUAUAAAUUUUGUGAAUGUACAAAUAAAACUAUUCAUUCAAUUAA